ACUGAGGAGAGACCGCGGGAAAAUUCCAAAAGUCAAAACAAACAAAAAGCCAAGUCGAAGCUAAGCCAAGUUUUCAAGCCGCAGAACCUGGGCGGUGGCUUCCUUUCCGCCGCAGCCCAAACUGCUGAAGCAGCUCUGGGCAAGGACCACCCGGGAAGGAGGCCGCGGAACGAAACGGAGGCGCUCUGCCCUUAGGGGUCUGGCCGACGCGCCAGCUGAGGUUAGGGAGCCGGAGAGAUGGCUCAGAAUUCUCCAGGUUUUGCCUCUGACUGUCAGUUUUGGCUGCAGAAGCUUUCUGUAUGGGAGCAGGCCUCCACUUUGGAAACCCAGCAGGACACCUGCCUUCAUUUGUCCCAAUUCCAGGAGUUCCUGAGGCAGUUGUAUGAAGCCUUGAAAGAAAUGGAUUCUGAUACAAUUAUGGAAAGAUUCCCUACAAUUGGUCAACUCUUGGCAAAAAUUUGUUGUAAUCCUUUUAUGUUAGCAUACGAUGAAAGCCAAAAAUUUCUAAUGUGGUGCUUAUGUUGCCUGAUUAAGAAAGAACCACAGAACUCUGGAGAGUCAGAACGUAACUUCUGGGUCCGGGGUUUGUUAUGCCGUAUACUUUCAGCAUUCAGAUUUGAAGUAAAAGAAGUUGAUCUUUUUACUCAAGCUCUGGGAUAUGAGCCUGUUGAUUACUGUCCUGGUUUGCUUAAAAAUAUGGUUUUAUCAUUAGUAUCCGAACUCAGAGAGAAUCAUCUUAAUGGAUUUAACACUCAGAGUCGAAUGGCUCCUGAAAGAGUGGCAUCCCUGUCACGAAUUUGUAUUCCACUUGUUACUCUGCCUGAUUUUAAACCCGUAGUGGAGGCUCUGCUUACCUAUCAUGGACAUGAACCUCAAGAAGUCCUGUGGCCUGAGUUCUUUGAAGCCGUCAAUGAAGCCUGCUUGCUGAAAAAGAUCAUUCUGCCCAUAUCUUCUGUGAUCAGCCUUUGGCUUCGGCACCUUCCCAGUCUUGAAAAAGCAACCCUGCAUCUUUUUGAAAAGCUGAUCUCCAGCGAUAGAAACGGCCUGAGAAAGAUGGAGCACAGUAUAAGAGAUUCACUGCUGCCUCAAGCAGCUUGCCACCCUGCCAUAUUCAGGACUGUUGAUGAAAUGUUCAGGUGUGCACUUCUGGAAACCGACGGAGCCCCAGAGGUACUAGCUGCUCUUCAGGUGUUCACGUGGUGCUUUGUAGAAGCUUUGGAGAAAGGAAACAAGCAGCCGAAGUUUACACUCAAGACCUACUUUCCUUAUGCCUCACCGUCUCUCACGACAGUGCUGUCACAGUACCCUAAAGCAAUCCCACAGGGACACCGGCUCCAGCCUCUGCUAUACCUUGCCAAAUUGCUCAGAGAAGCACUGGAAGACCAGAUACAUGGGUCCCGGGAAGGUCCUUUUGAGAGCUGGUUUCUGUUGGCUCACUUUGGAGGAUGGGCUGAUCUGGCGGCAGAGCAGUUAUUGAGCUCUGAAGCUGAACUUCCUGCAGCCCUGCUGUGGAUCCUGGCUUUCUACUACAGUCCACAGGAUGGGAGUCAGCAGAGAGAGCAGACCAUGGUGGAACUGAAGGGCAUACUCAGCCACCUCCUGCUGUUGCUCAGGAGGGGCCCCCUCUCAGCCUGGGAGCUGCAAGCUGUGGCCAGUGAGAGGCCCAGGACAGACCCCAGACCACCUGCAUACGACCAGCUAGUCAGGCGUCUCCUCCUUACCUUCCUGUUCUGGGCCCCGGAAGGCCACAUGAUCGCGAAAGAAACCAUCACCCAUAUGGCCCGCACUGAUGAGAUAACCCGUGAGAUUAUUGGCUUUCUUGACCAGACCUUGUACCGAUGGGAUCGUCUUUGCAUCGAAGGCCCUGGGUCUAGACAACUGGCCACAGAGCUCCUUCAGGAGCUGCGAGCACAAGUCUAGCAAGCAGCACAUAGCACACAGGCAUAUGCAUGGGACAUCAGAUUUUCUGAGGCCACAGCAAUGGAUGAGACCCUAUGGCCACAAGUAUAUGGAAUAUGUCCUUAAGCUAUGAGAACAAGCCAGACAUAUCUUGGGAUGAUCUGGGUGCUGGGGCCACACUCAGUGAUAAUUCUUGUCUACACCUUCUGUAUUGCUCUGCCUUGAAAACCAAUCAAGGCAAUAACAGGAAAGACAGGAGGAAGGUUCCAUUUCCUUUUUGGUCCAUAUCGAGCUAAGAUGUCCAGCUUGUGCUUGAAUGAUUCAAAGACUCUGGACCAAACAGCUGUCUUGAACCACUGAGUGACUUGGCCCUUUACCCAAAAUUAUUAAUAAAAUAAAUAAAUGCCAUAGUUAUUGGUAUUUCCACUGGAA